AUGGCUCCCACUAGGAAGUCGAAGAGUGUGAACAAGCGAUUCACCAAUGAAGCAUCUCCAGAGAUAUAUGUAGGAAGUUCGAGCAAAACUAAGCAACGAAAGAAGAAAUUGACUGACAAGCUGGGACCUCAGUGGACUAAAGGAGAGCUUCAACGUUUCUAUGACGCCUAUCGGAAGCAUGGGGCACAAUGGAAAAAGGUAGCUGCUGCAGUGCGGAAUAACCGGUCUGUUGACAUGGUGGAAGCCCUUUUUAAUAUGAAUCGGGCAUAUUUAUCCCUGCCUGAGGGAACUGCGUCUGUAGCUGGCCUCAUUGCAAUGAUGAUUGAUCAUUACAGCGUCAUAGUGAGAAAGGAACGACGUGCCGCUAGGAAACGUACACCUCGGUUUCCUGUAUCAGUUACAUACCAGAGGGAUGAUAGAGAAUGUUCUAUUCCAUCAAAUAAAAGAGCCAAGAAACAACUGGAUGCCAUUGAUGAUGAUGAUGAAGGGCAUAUUCUAGCAUUAGCAAUGGCUGCAACGAGAAGACUAGAACUCAGUGACGGCACACCAAUUAGGCUGGGGAAAAUGUCCCAAGCAAAGGAAGCUCAAUCCAAGUACUGUGAUAGCUCCAUGUUUGAGGAUGGGAUGAGAAUAAGCUGCGGUAAGAGGCAUAAAAAGGGAGCAUCUGAUAGAGAUGAUGCCUUGUUGGAUAUGGAGGUUUCCCGGAAGGGGGAAAAACUGAGAUUCGAAGAAGCCGAAGGAAAUGAUUCUGAUGCCAGCGCAGUAGCAUGCAGUGCCAAUGAGGGACUCAGAGCUAAACCGCAGAAAGGAAAUAAGAAACUUCUUUACAGAGAUGAUGAAUUAGACGCUCUGGAAGCAUUGGCUGAAUUAGCUUCAGCGCCUCUGGCUGGUUUGAUGGAAUCAGAACUAGCUGCACAGUUGAAAGAAGAAAGAAUAGCUAACAACAUGGAUGAGAACAACAUUCCGGAAACGACAUCCACAAGCCAUCAUAGAGAAAAAGCAAACCAAGCAGGACCAAAAGAUAUUCUUUUACAUGAAAUCUCAGCUGGUGAUAAUAGAAGACCGAAGUCUGCGCAGGCAUCGGUUGAUGGUAAUUCUGUUUCCAUAAGGGAGCCUUCAAGAAGAAAACGUAAACUAAAGGUGCUAGAUGGUGAAGCUCCUACAGAUUCAAUGCCAGACAUAUCUAUAUAUACUAAGGAAUCGGCUGAAGAUGAGAAUAUGAAGACUGUGGUCAAGACCAGACGUCCUGGUCAAGGUCCAGUAAAACAGCAGAAAACUGCUAAGACCUUGGAAGAAUCUUUUACAACUAGUGAUAAGAAAAAAACUGGGCAGGAUGCAAUGGAGUCAGCUACACAAGUUCCAUGUUUGGAUUCAGCGAGUUUGCCACAGAAACCUCCAAACAGGCGCAAGAUGAGUUUGAAGAAAAGUUUACAAGAAAGAGCUAAUCCUUCUGAAACCACUCAUGACAAGCCACAUAGUUACGAACUUCCUUCAGAACAUGAAUUAUUAAAGGAGAAGGUUUCGACUUUUCUGUCAAAUCCAUUGGCCCGUCGAAGGUGCAUAUAUGAGUGGUUCUAUAGUGCUAUUGAUUAUCCUUGGUUUGCAAAGAUGGAGUUUAUUGAUUAUCUAAAUCAUGUUGGGCUCGCUCACGUUCCAAGACUUACUCGUCUUGAAUGGAGCGUCAUUAAAAGUUCUCUUGGUAGACCUCGGAGAUUCUCUGAGAGAUUCAUACAGGAAGAGCAGGAUAAACUCAAACAAUAUCGUGAAUCUGUGAGAAACCACUAUACAGAACUCCGUACAGGUGCUAAGGAAGGGCUUCCUACAGAUUUGGCUCGGCCUUUGUCAGUGGGGAAUAGAAUCAUUGCCAUCCAUCCUAGAACACGGGAAAUUCGUGAUGGCAAGAUUCUUACCGUGGACCAUAAUAAGUGCAAUGUUAUGUUUGAUGAACUGGGCAUCGAGUUAGUUAUGGACACUGAUUGCAUGCCUCUAAAUCCAUUGGAAUACAUGCCAGAGCGUCUGAGGAGGCAAACCGAUAAGUGCUUGUCUAUAUACAAAGAAGCACAGCAUAACAAACAUCCAAACUCUGAUGCAUCUGUUCUGUUCCCUUCUGUGCUUGACAAUGUCAGCUUUCCCAUGAAUCCUCAUGCAAAACAGGCUUCAUAUUCGGUGACAGAAAAAGAAGAAGCAGGGAAUAUGGUCCAACAAGCUUUAAGCUCGAUUGGCGAACAUGAGGCAUUAGAUAACUCUAUAGUGCAUCAUGGUAUGAAGCAUCAGGAGCUUACCAAUGGCAGUUUGGAUGAUCAUGGAAGCCGAUCUCCCUCAAACACAGUAGAGCCGAUGGUAAACGGAUUCAUCUCACAGGAUGGAUCAGGAAAAAAUGAAACGAAAAUGUCUUCAGAGCUUAUCUCCUCUUGUGUUGCAACGUGGCUCAUGAUUCAGAUGUGCACAGAGAAGCAGUACCCACCAGCAGACGUGGCGCAGGUGAUGGACACAGCAGUGAGUAGGCUGCAGCCACGGUGUCCACAGAACAUGCCGAUCUACAGAGAAAUACAGACGUGCAUGGGAUGGAUCAAGACUCAAAUCAUGGCUCUUGUUAAAACAUGA